UCUUCAUGUCUCCAGUUUUCAUGUCUCCAGUCUUCAUGUCUCCAGUCUUCAUGUCUCCAGUCUUCAUGUCUCCAGUUUUCAUGUCUCCAGUCUUCAUGUCUCCAGUCUUCAUGUCUCCAGUUUUCAUGUCUCCAGUCUUCAUGUCUCCAGUUUUCAUGUCUCCAGUUUUCGUGUCUCCAGUUUCUCCUCUGUGUCUCUCAGUCAUUGAGGCCCAGAUCAGGUUAGUCGGGCCGUCUCGGUGUUCUGGGAGGGUGGAGGUCUACCAUGAUGAAGUCUGGGGGACGGUGUGUGAUGACGGCUGGGACGUCAGCGACGCCGUGGUGGUCUGCAGGCAGCUGGGCUGCGGCCCCCCACAGCGCGCCCCCAUAAUGGCCUACUUUGGUGAAGGAACCGACCCGAUCUGGCUGGACGACGUGGUCUGUGCAGGAACCGAGAACAGCUUGGCUGACUGUCUCCACAGAGGAUUUGGAAGCCAUAACUGUGGACAUGCAGAAGACGCUGGCGCCAUCUGUGAAGGAAUUUUUCGGAAGGUGGUGAGACUGAAGGUUCUGCAGGAUUCCUCUCUGGACCUGAGCGACCCGGCGGUGCUGGACGGGUUUCUGAACCAGCUGAAACAGAAUCUGCAGGAUCAGGAGCUGGACGGAAACGUCAAACUGAGCUGGAUGACUUUAGACGGAAAAAUCUUCAAAAAGGACGAAGGACAAAACUGAAGAGCAGAAUAAAGUCUCAGUUCGUUUCCUGUGUGAUUUGUUUAUAAUAGCAUAGAGGAGAGAAUAAAAGUUCCUCCCAACCUGAACUUCACAUGAAAACAAUAAAUUAUUAAAACACGAAAUAAUCAAAUAUUGAAUGUUUUAAGAGUGAAGCUCUGAAAUGUAAUGAUUAAGAUCCAACUGAAGGCUGUAAACCAAUGAAUGAGUCCCACACAACAUGGCGCUGUGACGUCGCCCCCCGGUGGCUAUGAGCAGGAACAGCAGGUUGACUUCUUCCUCUAAAUCCUCUCCCUGCAACGCAAACAUCAAACUGGGGUUUAUAUUACAAUAAAAAGUAAUUAUUUACCAUUUAAGCAAUAUUGAGAAUGCCACAAAGAACAGGCGAAGAGGAGUUCCAGGAGAAGAUCAGUCCGUUUGGGUUUGAAUAUAUUUCAAUAAACUAAUGAUGACAUCUCCUGGU